AUGAGGCCCUUUUCGCUCCUGGCCAGCCUCUCGGGGCUCGCCCUUGCGGUGGCAGCAGCUGCCACGCCGCAGAGCCUGAAACCGAGGGAGCAGCAGGCGAAGGCCCGUCCGCCAAAGUGCCGCUUCGCACUGGACUGGACGCAGAAUCAGGUUCUCGCCAACCCCGAGGGCUUCGCCUGGGACCUCCUCUACUGGGAGGGCAAGUUCCACCAGGAUGACGUCGCUUACAACACGGCCAACGGCAUGAGCUACGAUGGGACGCAGCUCAACUGGACGACGGGCGAGCGAACGCUCAAGCACCCGUUCAGCGCUGCGAGCAAGGAAGCUCUGCAGAUCAUGCUCUAUGCCCGCGCCAUUGCAGGCUCCAAGGAGGCCGCUAGGUUCCUCGUCCCGGACCGCCCGUCGACGGCCUCCAGCGUGGCUGCGUCCAUCAUGCAGACGAAACUGGAAACAUACCUCCGGUUCAAUGAGACGUACCCUGGCUUCGGCGGCUUCCUACCGUGGAUGACGACCAGCAACAAGGAUGUGCAGCCGACCAGUGACUGGGUGAAUCGUGUGCCUGCUCUGGACAAUGGUGAGCUUCUGUGGGCCGUGUACGCCUGCAUCCAGGCCCUCGAGAGCAGCGACAACCCGUCGUUUGGCAAGCUGGCCAAGGGGUGGCAGACGUGGUUCGACUACGUCAAGACUACUGCCGUGCCCGUCUUCUACCGCGGCCAGGGCCUCGUCUGCGCCGUGACCAAGAUCAAGGACCAGGGCCUACCAGUGUCGGACGCCGGGCAGCACUACGAGUGCGAGACGCCCAACUACCUCGACGACCCCUACGAGGGCGAGCUGUUCACGCACUUUGUCAAUCUCUUCAGCAAGUUGCCCAAGAAGGAAAAGGAUCAGCUUUGGACGGUGAAGCGCAAGAAGCUCGUGAGCGUCGAGUAUAACAUGGGAUGCGUGGGUCCGAUCACGGUCGAGCAAGGCUUCUGGUUCUCGAGCCAUGAGCCUUGGAAGGUCUUGGAGCUGCCUUACUACGACGUAGACAUUGUUCGCCGGCUGUAUCACAACGCCGAGCGAGCCAGGACGUGCAACUCGGCCGUCACCAAGGUGCCCGGUCUCUUCGCCUCGGUCAAUAACUCGACGGACCCCGAGACCGACACCAUCAUCGGGUACAUUUCGCCCGCCGGCAUUCCGUCCAUUGCGAGCCAAAAGGAGCAGGAGCACGAUGUGAUCACGCCCUAUGGCGCAUGGCCCACGAUGAUGUUUGACAAGGCCGUGGGGCUGGCUUGGUGGCACAACAUGGUGACGGCCAAGAAGAUGCAGAAUCCAUAUGGAAGCACCGAGUCGACGAGAGUUGACGGCAAAUUGGUCUCUGCACUUGUGACUUGGGACAGCAAAGUCACGACGGUUGUGUCGCUGCUUGGCGGGGUGGGGGACCUCGUCCGGGACAAGCUCAAGAAGGACCGCAAGUACGAUGAAUUCGUGUCAGUGACAAACAGAGAGUAUUCAAGGGUGUUUAAAAAGUUAAAGGGAGAGAAAAUCCAACUGUGUCUGCCUAGAGCCAGGGUGCCAGAGGCUGGGCUGGAGGAUUUCUCGUCAUGCAAAUAAUUCAUAUAGACUCUGGCCGCCGCUGAAGGAGAGUGCCGAGCUUAAGAUGUUGUGUGACUGAUUGUCACUUCGUAAACAUUAUAGCGCCUUGUGUGCUGUAAGUUGGGG